GCAGUAUAUAAUAUUUGUUUUUCAAUUGAACCUUUACUUGAAACACUUGUUCAUACUAUGAGUGAAACAAAAAAUCAAAAUACCCAAAACUCAAUCUUUGAUUUAUACACAAAUCUUUGUAAUUGGCAAACUAUAGCUUUUUUUUAUUUUCUUCAAGAUAUUCUUACUGAACUUGCAAUAUUAUCUAAAUUUUUUCAAACUCGAUUUCUUUAUUUUUAUGAUAUAUAUCCUAUAAUUCAAACCACUAUUACAAAAUUAGAAAAAACCUAUUUAGAUAUUGACAAUAAUUGUUUUGAAUUAAGUACUAAUUUAAACAAAUUUUUUAUUUCUACUCCCUCUAAAAAGAAUACAAACAUUGGUUCACAUCUACUUAUUUGGACAUUAAAUCAAGAAAAUAACUUAAUGGUAGAUAUAGUAAGUUUUACAUCUAUAUUAAUUUUAGAGAUUCAAAAACAAUUUUCAAAUAAUUCUUUUGUUGAUGCUAUGAAGAUAUUCAAAUUAUCAGAUGAGUUAUUAAAUAAUCAAAAUAUAUUAGAAUUCGGUAAUGAAGAAUUAGAGCUAUUACUUAAUUUUUAUGGAAAGCCUCAAUAUCCCUUAUUCCCUCUAGCAGUAGUUAAUUCUAACAAUACACAUAUAGAAUGGUUCUAUUUUAAAAAGUUGAUUUAUGAAAAUUAUUCAAAUUUACCAAUAGAUGAAUUGCUUGUUUUAUUAUUUCAACACCAUAUUGACUCAUAUCCGAAUAUUGGUAAAUUAUUAGCAAUAGUAUAUUCUAUUUCCUUCUCUAGUGUAGAAUGUGAGCGUGGUUUUUCUAAACAAAAUUUAAUUAAGACUAGAUUGCGUAAUGGUCUAAAUAAUGACACAUUGCAUAUGUUAAUGAUGGUUGGAUUAGAAAAAACGGAU